AUGGGUCCCGAGCCAAACGGUGGGCGAGAGGAGACGGCGCACCCCGGCAUGCAGAUCUACUACCACAACAUCACGCUGGUAGUCGUCGUGUCGACGGGAACGAGCGUCUGGGUGAUCCGCGACGUCGGCCACAUCGUCGACGACUGGUGGGUGCAGAUCGCCGUCUCCUGGUCGGCCGACGAGAACCUGGGAUUGCAGCUGUACGUGAACGGAGACCUGGUCGCACGCACGCAGAAACCCUUCUCUCUGCUGUACACUGGCAUCGAGUUUGCCAAGAGUCUGGAGGACUAUCUCGUGCAGCCUCCCGAGCAUCUGCUGCUAGGCUGCUGCAGGGUCCAUCCUCCUGCCAACGAAACCGCCGAGGUAGAUGAAUACGAGCAUUUCACUGAUGGCGUCUACGAUGAAUUAGCCUUCUGGCCGUGGCCGCUGCGACAGUCCGAGCUGAGCCUGCUACUCCCUGGUCUCAUAGUUCUGCCGACGACGUUGCAGCCGAUGAUGCCAACAACGACAGCGCUACCGACGGUGCCCGCGUGUCCGUACCCUGAGUACACAGAGUACGUGACGCCGGCCGGCGUGGCGACGGGCCGCUGUUUCUCGUGGCGAAGCUACUGGAUGUCGUUUGACGACGCGAUGGUAGAGUGUGCAGCCUGGCCGACGCAGGGUACGGCCCGCAUGGCGGUGGUCGACAGCAGCGCCCUUAACGCGUGGCUCCUCGAUAACCUGAACAUCACGACGCUGCCCGAGAUCCGUGACGCGUGGAUCUGCGCUCGCUUCCUCACCGCCCACGAUCCGGUCUACCACCGCUGCGACGACGGCGGCGCGCUCCUGCAGAAGUUCAUCAAGACGGACGUGCUCGCGAUUAGGAUCCAGGACAACACGUGCAUGUCGCUCGACCUCGACCUCGCGGCGACCUCGCAGAGCUGGCAGCAGGACCCCUGCGCCUACACGAAGUACUUUGUCUGUGAGAUUCUGCUGCCGGACGCCCUUAUCGCUCCUGAAGGUAAUCGCUAG